GUAUCCGAAGCCACACACCUUGGGCGCCAAGUACUCCUCGGGAACCGAACUCGAGACAGUUAUCUCAGCGUGCAAGUAGAACUGCCCGACUUUGUCGUUCCUGUAAUGUAUCACAGCGGGGCCACUGAGGCUUCUCAGGAAGUGGCGGCGGUUUUGAAGCUCCCCAGACCUUCCAAGCAGAUGAUGGAGAUGUCCAAGAUGUGCUCUUCUGUCGACAAAGAGUUUAAAAGCUGGGGCCCCUUUCUCGGCCGCCAUUACGACGGGAUGGCGGUCGAGUGGCAGUUCUUCCGUGAGAAGAGGACGAAUAUAAUGCUCAUAAGGGGGGUGCAUGGGUGCGGGAAGACAGCCUUUAGCCAAUGGCUUAUGCGUUGCUGGCUCAUUACUGGUGUUGUUACACUAUGCCUUGAUCUUUCGUACAAAAGUCGGGAUAAAAGCAACAUCCUCUCAUUGCUCCGGGAGCUCUACGACAAUACCCGGCCCGACUACCCCGGACGGCUCGAAAGCUUCGUCUCGGAGCUAGUAUCCAACCCCUUCGUUAUCCAUAUUGACUCGGUCGAGUGCUUGAGCAACCCCUUGAUGUCGGUAGCCAAUGGACAACCGGGCGAUGUCAGCGAUAAGGAUAAGACACAUCUAAAAGACUUCAUCGGCAGACUCAAAGGCGGAAGUACGAUGAUUAUUCUCAACUCCAUCUCGAGUGAGCGCUGGCUUGGGCUCCCAGGACAUGCUAUAUAUGAACUUGGGCCGCUAUCACAUCCUCAUGCCUGCAGUCUAGCACAUGCAAUCUUACGAGCGGAGGGCCUGGGUAACAAGGUUCAAGACCCAGACAGCAUCAAGUGUAUUGGCUACAUGAUGUACACGCUUCGCUGCAACCCAUCCGCCAUCACCAACACGAUCAAAGGAAUGGUCCUUACGCCAAUCACCACAUCGAACGCUCGAACGGCAUUCAACGUCUUGCUUGUCGCAUACAUGGCACCCAACCUAGCCGAAAGCCAGAUCCGUGAGUGUUUGGAAUUCGUCAGGCGCAUCCAUGCCAGAUACAUUUCCGACACUCCCAGAGUGCUCCUCCUCCUGGGGCUCUCAGCCCCAACCAAUUCCUUCACGCCAAGCUUUUUCGAAUACCUUUCUUCUGCUAUCAACUCCUUUUACCCCGGCGCAUCUCUGACGGCCGAAGAUGCUCUUGAAUUUGUCAAAGUUAACUUCAUUGGAUCAACUUGGAUUCAAGAGGAGCGGGGGCCGGUUCCGUACUCGAGGGGCGAAAAGCAGCGGUUCUAUCUUGUCCAUCCACUUUUGAACAACAUGCUUCGCUUUCUGCUUGACCAGGGGCAGUACCAUGAGAACAUGCCUUUUCUACUACAGGGCAAUACCCUCAGUAUGGAGACGUACCGUUCCUGGCAGCAACAUCUGUUCCAGACAUUUUACCGGGACCUUGCCCUCCGGGCCAUGAAGGUACUAGCCGACGACGCCAGUGCCUUGGCCGAGUCAUACUUCAAUACGCUCAACUACUUCGCCGCACUGCAUUCUUUUUCCAAGGACAAUUCCAACGUUGCCACUGACCCCGACUUGGCUGUCUUCGCGCUGUCGAUCUGGCUGCCCAUCACCAACAUCUUGUGGGAACACGCCAUCCAGUCGAUCUCUGCCACCACCCCGUUUGAUAUACUGCUGGAGCAUGCGGGAACCGCCAUCAAGCUCUACGAAACGCGCUCGCAACUGGAAAAUGCCACUUACCCUGUAUACUCUCAUAUCUACAGGCGACUGUGCUUCCACCUAUACCAAUUUUACGUCGACAAGUCCCCGGGCAAAUCACUUCCUUUUGUCAGAAAAAUGCUGAGUAUCUCGCGGGUACCUCUGCUUUCAGAUAAGCCACUGGAUCUAGGACAAGCAAGCAUGCUGGCGGAUGAUCUCUGGGAUUUGGCAAAUGUCUACCUUUCUAUGAGCAAGCACUUUCCAGGGGCCAAGAUUGCCUUUAUGGUUGGUAUUGUCCUAUGCCGCGCCGCUGCAAAGACGACAGAGGAACAGGCCGAAUACUACGCUCGUCUCGCCCGCACAUGCCAGGCACUAUUUCAGGUGUCAAAGCAGGGAGACAGGACAUACAACCAAAAUGUCAUGACGCCGUUCCUAGAUCUGAUGAAAAAAGUGGCCGAUGAGCAAUCAGUGCCUCUUCCAACGUGGUACGGGGACGAUUUUAGGCGACCCAGAAAGACCCGCGUAGGUACCAAAGUCACUCAACGCAUCCAAGAGGUGGUUGAUGUCGGGUGGGGGAACGAAAACGACAAGAUUGAUCGAUCCAACUUGGUAAGGGCCAUUGACACGUCCAAUCUGCUGUUGGCGGUGAGGCGGGUUGAUGAGGCCAAGGCCUGUUUUGUAGAGCUGCUACGACAGGCUCUCUGGAGCGGAGAUACGGCCACGCAGUUUGCGUGUCAGAGGGGCUUGGCACUGUUAUACUAUGAUCUGAGGGAGUGGGAAACUGCGGGACGCCACGCCCAACAAGCCAUGGAGCUGUUGUCUAAAAAAGAGAGCGGUCGGGCCGACUGGAUGCCAUUUUCUCACGAGGAGUACAAUAUCAUGUAUCUCAAGUUCGCUCUUAUCUUCAUGGAGCUUAACAACUGGCCCAUGGCGAUAUAUGCCUUCCACUACGUAUACGACGUCGAAGGCCCAACACGGCGUGGAUGGAAACCACCCGAACUCUCGCACUUCCAGUCGCCUGUUGAGUUUGCAGAUUACGCAAAAGAGUCUCUCGGCAUAGGCCUCGCGCGUCUAUCGCUACCACCGGAUUUUCUCAUUUCCUCGAGCAGAGUGCGUGAGCUGCGCCGACAGUUCAUUGAGUGGUUCCAAAGCGUCUCUGCUACUGCAUGGUCUGGAUUCGAUGUUUCUAAAAUUAACAUGGAAACGCUGGUCGUGGAUGUCGACGUGACCAAGCUUCCAGAUCAUCCAUCGAGCCUUGAGCUUAACGAGCUCUUGGCCCGAUAUCAAGGAUACAUGGCCGACUCCAGCAUAGUCUCAGAUACGUGUAACGUUGAAAAAAGCGCCGUUAGGAACAAGCUUACCGACGCCAUCAAGCUGAUAGUCUCACACUACAUUGGACCAAGCGUGGAGUUGGUCGAAGAAACAGACUUCCUCGAGAAGCAACCUCGCGGCGAGGAAAAACCCGGCAGUAGCGGCAGCAGCAACAACAGCAACGCAGCAUCAAACAACAACUUCCUCCACGAUGCCUCCAAAAUGACACCUCCCGGCCAGGACAACGAAGGUGGGGAAGGAAGAGAAGAGCACCAACAGCCUCGGAUCUCGCGGGGGCUAAUACUAUCUCCCGAUUUUUUCAUCGAGCUCGCCCAGAGAAUGGGCGUCAACGAGGGCGAGGGACUCGGCCUGCAUCUUCCGGCUCACCACUUCGUUUGCUGGCCGGUCCUCGUGCGAACCAUCCGCUUUUAUGUGUGGGCUAGCAGCGUAUCGCCGCUGAGCAAGGAUGCUGCGCUGUCACAGACAGUCUAUCGUCUGCUGCACGCAAUCUACCACGGAGAAGCCAUGGUCUCGGCGGACCCGUCAAACGAAGCAAUCGCAAAGGUCGUUGAGAUGCUGGUGGAUGAGCAAGGAGAAACAGAGACUGAGAUGAUGCAUGAUGCUCUUCGCCUUGUUUUCCCUGAAUUCAUGGCGGCUGAGGCGAAGCAGCCUGUUAUAUUGCUUGAUCCACAUCCAGAUCUUACAAUAGCCGUUUAAGUAUUCCGCUCGCUGGAAAGGGGUGAGAUGGGGGGCGGGCUGGUUAGCACUGCAGGGUUUAUUAGGGUUUGUUAGUAUGGAGUGCUUUUGUCUAGAAACCAAGACGGGGAAUCUACCAAGAGCGCUGCUUUUGGUCCAGCUUUGCUGGCCCGUCAGAUUGCUACAUGCACCACGAUGCUGAUAUUCACUACCAGCACCAGCACCACCAGCACUGGAAGCGAAGCGAUCUCAUCUAUCGUUAUGAAGCGACACCACAACCAUUCCAUGUUCCGCAUUUCCAGAAAAACAACAAGUAUUUCUGAUUUCUAAUCGCAGGUUUGUGAAUUCAUGCGUCUGGGGAAACGAGCCAAGCUUCCUGAUUGUGACAUCUGCCAAGUCGUUUACGCCCACUUUUCCGAGCCGAUGUGCUGCACUGCUAGGCGCCUUGUUUGUUAGAUGCUUGUAUUGACGUUGCUGCAGCUAUGGAUCAUUAAUUGAUUUGGCCACUG